AAGUUUUUCAUGAUGUAACUUUUACAACUGAAACAUUUUCCUAACACAGUAAAGAGUAGACUAUUUAUUCAACUUUAAUUAAAAAAAAAAACACCCCAACUAAAUCCCAAUCAACAUCCAGGUACUAACGGGAUUAGGUUUCCCCCUGUUUCACAGAAUCACACAUAAACAUAUCCACGUCAGUCAGCCGUCCAUGUGAUUGUCGUUUCCCCAGGUUUAAUUAAGAACAGGAAGAAGAAAAAAAAGUAUCAUGGCGGAAGAGAGAGAACUGAAGAACCCUAAAACGAUCCACAAUGAUCAUCACGUGAAGAAGUUGGAUGAUCUUCCGGACCACGUCUUCCUUCACAUUCUCUCCUUCCUCGACACCAAAUCCCUUAUCCGUACCAGCGCCCUGCGGAAAGGAUGGCGGACCCUGUGGAAAGACACCCUUACCCUCAAUUUCCACUGCAGCGACCUGCCGGGCUACAUUCAACACGCAGACAACCUUCUCCUCUCCCUCCGCCGCCGUGCCGCCGCCCUACCGACCACCGUCAGGUUCUACUUCAAGGCCACGAACUCGCUGGCGGUGCUCAGCCUCGUGAUGAGACACUACGACGUCGUCUUGCCGGGGCCCCAGCUUCAGGAUCUGUCCGUCUAUGCUCAGGUUGACGGAGCGGAUUUCUUCAUCAUCGCGGGCCACGCCAUCGGCGACCUUCUAAAAAAGUCCUCCCUCGAGACUCUCCGGCUGUCGAGAUGGAUUUUCCGAGCUCCGGCGUCUCCCGAGUUCAUCUCGUUGACAAGAUUGGAACUGAGUGCGUGCAGAUUCCACGGCGGCGGCAGCGGCGGCGACGAGCAGGACGCUACUACUACUACUGCUACCACCGGUUCAGCAACUGUACAUGUUUGCUUUGCGAAUUUCCCGAGCCUGAAGUGCCUGAAGCUGCUCCGGUGCCGGUGGAGCGGUCGCGUCGAGGUGUGGGCGCCGCAGGUGUUGGAUCUGGAGAUUUGGAAUCCGUCCUCUUGUUUUGAGAUCGGGAAACUGUCUGCCCCAAAGGUGGAAUCGUUCACGUUUUCGGGUUACGUGCCGCGGCGGUAUCUGGACGAUGACGACGACGAUGGUGAGAUCAGUUACGGCCUGCCUUCGCUCGAUCGUGCUAGCCUCCGACUGGUUUGGGAGGAGCCGGGACGCUGUGAUGGUCGCAAGUAGGAAAGGCUGGCUCGUGCGUUCGUGGCCUUCCUGCGUUGCGUGCGCAACGCGACGUCUCUCGACUUGCGUUUUGACAGAGUACGUAAAAGUUGAGGAACGUGUAAGAAAUACGAAACUGUGCAUGCUUUGGCUAAGCAAACCAACUUAUGUAACUUGAUUAUAACAUACUGACGGUUUUGUGUGUGUGUGUGUUUUUUUUAUAGCGUUGCGGAAGUCUGACGGUGCCGUGGAAACAAUUCGAUGUUCGGCUUGGACAAAUCAAGCUGUUGGCGAAUAAACAACGUUGUUUUUUCCCUGUAUUGAAGACCUUGAGGAUUAAAUAUCCACAAGAAUUAUCAAGUCACUAUUAUCAAGAUAUCUGCUAUCCUUUUGAACACUCUAAUUAUGUACAAGAAAAGUUUACAGCGGAAUGAGGACUUUAUAUUUUUUUACAUUACUGAAUUUUGCCGGGACUAAAUUGGUACUCAAAUCCAAUCUAUCAUGGAUUUAACAAAAAUCCAUUGUUUGCUUGCACUUUUUUUGGAGACCAAAUCCGUGAGGCCCACGGAUAUUAAGGGUCCAAAUCCAUGGGGCCCACAGAUUUAUAAAUCCCACAUGUUGAUGUGGAAUUUGGAACAUGACAUAAAUCCUUAAUGAGAUUUUAUCUAUAUACCCUCAUGCACUUUUAAUAUUCCAAGGUUGUCCUCAAAUUUAACUAUUACUCAUUAUAAUUAAUCAAGUAAUUAACAAUAAAUGAAUAAUAUAAACAUUCAAUUAAUGUGCAAACAUGAGUUAGAUUUUUUAUAUAAUUUCUUGUGUCUAGUUUUCUUUGACCUUUUCAUGGAACGUGUAAUUCUUUGUUCUCCCGAUUAUAAUAUAUGUUGUUAUAUGUUACUUUUGAAAAGGAGGACAAACAAUUGGUAAUUGAUUAUGUUACGUUAAAAGUUAAACGAAAUUUUCUCGUUUAUUAUUAUUGUCCAUGUGGCAACAUUAUGCUUAUUAGUAUGUAUUGUCCUUGUUUUGUGUACAUAUCAUAAACAUGCCAAACAUAUAGAAAAGGAUAGUAAGAUAAUUUUGAAGUUUUGUCCUUGUUUUGUGUACAUAUCAUAAACAUGUCAAACAUAUAGACAAGGAUAGUAAUGUAAUUUUGGACUUCAAGUAGUAAAUCCCACACCUUUAAAUCCAUGAUAAAAACAUCUCAACAAACAAAGGAUUUUUACAAAUCCAUGAUGCCUCAAAUCCUUGAUAAAUCCUUGGGUUUUUAAAUUACAAAACCCUCGUUUUUAAAUCCACGAAGCAAACGACCCUUAAUUUUGCCGGGACUCUGAGGCUCUCUUAGAAUUAUUACUCAAUUAUGUAACACAUUGAUAUGUUGAUGUUGUUAGAGAUAGAUUAUUAGGAAUAAUCUUAUAUUUCCUUGUCUUUCUAGUAUAGUUCUUAGUGUCUCCGUGUCCUUCUAGUAUUGUGGUUCUCUUACUUAUUGUCAAAGUCUUGUAAUCUAUAUAAACCUUUUUGUUGUUUCAUAAUAAUAAUACAAGCUACAAGUAACUAUUCCUAAAACUCGUAGAGAUGUAAACCUUUGCAAACCUAGUAGUCGAUAGGUGAAGCUUUAAAUAGGCCAAUACACUCUGUUUAGCAGUCUGUUAUUUCGAAGGAGCUCGGUGACCAGAUAAGACUAGGAAUGACAAUGGGGCAGGUCCGGGGCGGGUUUCUCGAUACCCAUACCCGCCCCAUGGCAAGUCGGGUCCAGGUCGGGUAAUUUAUCACGGGGGGCGGGUAGGGGUAGGUCGACCCAAUGGGUGCGUAAUUUAUGCAAAAAUCAUUAAAACUAUUUGUUAUUUUCACUAAAAGACAAAAAAAUCAUAAUAUGAUAAAAUGUAGUUAAAUUAUUUAAGAAAUUGAUGUUUUCACU